CUUGAUUGUCGAUGUGACCUGGUAAGUUUGGAGUCGAUUCAUGAACGCAGCUUUCGUUAAAUGAGCUUGUCGUGAUAAGUCCUCCUUGUCUACCCCGGGUUAUAACUCAAUAUUGAACCCAGGUGCAGGUGAUUAUCGCUUUGGUCGAGUUGACGGAUCUUCGAAGAAACAUGUCGGCCCUUUCUCCCGCCAGCUCUGUAGAUAGUAUUAAGAGCAUCUUCAGAUUGCUUUCAACUACUGUCGAGACGUUGAUUGAUGACCGCGACAGGACUCGCGGAGAAAGUGCUCAUCACCAUGUCACACACGGUUCCACGGGUGCUACAUCACGAACGCAAGACGAUGCCGUCAAGGUCAUUCGUGCGGCAAUGGGUUCGUUGGAGAGUUUGAUUAUCGAUCCGCAUGACUUCCUCCUGGACUUAUUCAUGUCGUAUUUGCGUUCCAGAACAUUGCAUAUUGUCGCAGAGAAGAAUAUUGCCGCAACACUCGCACAAGCUGGUCCAGAAGGUCUUUGCAGUAGCGAGCUGGCUCGAAUAAGCGGCAUCCAGGCCGGAAAAUUGCGUACUGUUCCUGGCCUUACUCAACUGGACGAUCAUUUUGCAAACAAUCAUAUUUCGCAAGUUCUGGCGGAUGAUCUCGAGUUCCGAGCUUUGAUCGUUACGAGAGGCCAAAUUCAAUAUGCAGCAAGCGACUUUCUUCCGACCGCACUGUCAACCAGUCCUGAUCAUGAUGGAGACAGAUCAAGCCCGAACGCAUUCCAGAUGGCAGCACGGACAAAGUUGUCUUUCUUUGAAUGGCUACAUCAAAGAUUACCGGAGCAUGACAUAGACUGGCGCUUUCCGACGCCGCAGCAGUAUGACCAACUUUACAUGGAGACCUGUCAUGAAUACAAGAGCUCGAGCGAGCUUGUGAUGCCUCGUCCCGAGAAAAGCUUGUUUAACGUUGCAAUGGGUGGGCUUGGCCGGGCUCAGGAUCGGUCUUGUAUCGAAGAUUACCCUUGGAUCGACUUGAGUGACGAAGCCACGAUAGUCGAUGUUGGAGGGGGGAUUGGAACAUUCUGCAUGCAGUUGCAUUGCACGCAUCCAAACCUCAAAGUCAUCGUUCAAGAUAAGGCACCUGUCAUUGAACAAGCAGCCAGUGUAUGGAAGGAGAGAUAUCCCAAAGCGGUCUCUCAAGGAACAGCCAAGUUGAUGACUCACGACUUCUUCCAGAAGAGCCCUGUCUCCGGCGCAGAGAUAUACUGGCUACGACACAUCCUGCACGACUGGGAUGAUGUUGAUGCCGUCCCCAUUUUGUCCAGUAUCCGUGAUUCAAUGACCUCAAAUUCAGUGGUACUCAUAGCUGAGAUCUUGAUGACUACCACGCUGGCUAGUGACAAGAUUCGAGCGGCACCUCAACCGCUCCUGGCGAACUAUGGUUGUGCUAUGAAUACUGCACAUGCGAUGGAUCUCAACAUGAUGGCAAUGACAGAGGGAAAAGAAAGGAGUCCAGAGGAAUACGAGCGGAUUGUCCAAGCGGCUGGACUAAAGGUGGUGAAGAUCUGGGAUUGUCGUGGUCUGCUGAGUAUCAUAGAAUGUCGUCUUAACUCUUGGGCGCAUAGAGAUCGGACCUAUGAAUAG